GAACGUAUCGGCAGGCGGCCAGGGGGACAAUUAAUGUUUUAAGUGUAUGACACGCUGGCUGAGGGAGGGUCGAUGGUCUUGAAUGUUACAGUAUGGUUGAUGGGCCGAUAGCUUUGUGUCUUCUUGGGAGCAUGUGUUCUUGGAGAGACCAUUUACAUUGUUGCUAGAGACAAGCAAAGACCGGAAUACCUAUUGAUUAUUAAAUGGGAGAACAAGGCAAGUAAGAUUGACAUUCCUACAACAUUAACAGACCAAAUCAUGUUCAAGAAGUGGUCUAGUGUUAGCAAGCUCACAAUAUUUUUGGAAAACCUGUACGUGUUUUGAGCAGUGGAUUUAAUAUGACGAACAAUCGGCUCCGAGUGGACCAUGGCCAGGUCAAACUGUCCAACAUAUUUUCUGACACAAAUCAUGACGCUCGUUUUGAAUCUAUGCGGAGGAACACCCGUAGUGCGAGGGUUCUUCGACGCCACGAAGAUCUACGUAAGCAGUGUGAAAAAGAAGUCCGGGCGUAUGAACGAUGGCAGAAAUUGGCAGCCUCAGAAUUACGUCAGUUGCAGAGCAGAUAUUUGGAAAAACUCAGGAAAUUCAAAAAAUCUCUCAGCUAUCACCCAUCUAGUCAGCCCAGGGGUCCAGUAAUUACACCAACUCAAAGGGAAGUGUCGUCUGCUAACACCAUCCCUCAUUAUGUACGUUCCCGUGGCUCUCUCACACCUGUCCAGUCUGACAGAGAGGACCCGGAUUUAGAACAUCUGGACUCCCAUCGUUCUCAAGCGAGCGUGGAACAGCUGGACUCCCAUCGUUCUCAAUCGAGCGUAGAACAACCGGAUUCUCACCGUUCUCAGUUAAGUGUUGGACAACUCGACUCUCACCGUUCUCAGUCGAGUGUAGAACAAUCGGAUUCUUACCGUUCUCAGUUAAGUGUUGGACAACUCGAUUCUCACCGUUCUCACUCGAGUGUAGAAUCACCCAGGAUACAGACUCCAAGAGAUGAUCUGAAGCUCCCAUCUCCUCGAGCCAGAUGCAGGUCUGGAGGUACCAACAGUGGUGCUGAAGCUGCAAUGGAAUCGCUGAGGAUGUCUUCGUCAACUGUACCAGAUACGCCCAGAAUCUCAGAUCCGCGUCGCAGACCCGGCUCCAAAACUGUCACCUUCUCAAGUCCCAUUCCGACACCAAGGAGUGCAAGAUCGUCAGGCACCCUCUUCCCCAGCGUCACCGACGUUGGACAACGUGGUCGAGCCUCUGGGAAGAACACCGGCGUUAAAGUGACAGCAGAAAUGGUGGAGCUUACAGAUCUUCGCAAUCCUAAAGGGAAACAUAUGUUUAGUGUUACACGGGAGAAUGGAACAGAAACUUACUCCAAAGGGAACAAAAAGAUUGUUACAUUCUUCGUUUGACAGAAUGUCGGAACAGAUUUGCUGUGGAAAUUCUGGUAUAAUGUGUUCACCUUCACAACACCGAUGUUUGAGUCAACCACAUCACUAUUUGUACUGAACUAUAUGGAGGCAUUACUGAUUUCGCUACCUAUCACUGUGAUGUGAGGUUUUGGUGACGUAUCUUUUCUUCACGUUCUUCAAAAACAUUUUUUCAUUCUGAUGUACACUGAACAGUAUGUUUAUGGAUAAUAUGGGGUGUACAUACAAUGUAUGUUGUGUUACCAGUAGCAUGUUUUAUCACAAUAUGUCCAACUCCUAAUGAAUUAAAGAAACAAACGUUAACACGGACGGAAGAAAUUCCACUGAAAUCGCCUGGAUUUUCAAUUUACGGAUUAUGUAAUAAUAGUAGUUACACCUUGUAUGAAUCUAAAACCGUUAUGGUUCAAAGGUGAGUCUGGCACUUCACAGUGGUUUGACACUGUGAACUGCAACAAGAUAUUUGUGAAUAAACUAAAAUAAGAAAAAAAUAUAUGUAAAGUAGAGCUUAAAGUUCAUGUAAAUCGUAUAUACAUAUAAUCAUUCAUUGUUAUCUCGUAUGAGUGAGUGAGUGAGUAUGGUU